UUCUGAAAUCCAUCAUUUUCAUCUGAGAUCUUUCAUCUCCUUCUACCCAUCUCUCACUGGUGUGCGCUGCAUUCCAGAUCUUCUUCCUUUCCCGAAAAUCAGAACAAAAGGGAUGGCUCCCACCGGAUUUUCAGAAACCCAACACUACCAAAGCAAUACGCCUGUGCAGGCUACGGCUCCAGCUGCAACGACUGCAAAACAGCAGCCUCCAAUGGCCAAGACAGUCGACAGCCAAUCCAUUUUGAAAAGGCUGCAGUCAGAACUGAUGUCCUUAAUGAUGUGUGGAGAUCCUGGAAUAUCUGCAUUCCCUGAGGGGGAUAACAUCUUCUGUUGGAGGGGUACCAUUAGUGGAAGCAAAGGUACCGUCUAUGAAGGAAUGGAUUACAAGCUGUGUCUCUCUUUCCCUUCUGACUAUCCAUUUAAGUCUCCAAAGGUGAAAUUCGAGACCAUGUGUUUCCAUCCCAAUGUAGACAUCUAUGGCAAUAUCUGCCUCGACAUCUUGCAGGAUAAGUGGUCAUCUGCUUAUGAUGUGAGAACAUUGCUGCUUUCAAUUCAAAGUCUCUUAGGAGAACCAAACAAUAGCUCACCUUUAAACACUCAGGCUGCGGCACUAUGGAGCAAUCAACAAGAAUUCAGGAAAAUGGUAGAAAAGCUUUACAAGCCUGCCUAGAAGGGAAUGGGGGUGGCAGCAGUUUUGUUCUUUGUGGGUUUUUUUUUUUUCAAAAUAAGAAAUUGUCUUGCAUAUAAGGUCCACGUUCUGCUUCAUCAUAUAGCUUUAGUGAAACCCUGCCCAUUCAUUUUAUUCAUAUUUGUAGACAAGAAAAUUGUCAACAAGAGGACUCUCUCCCAUUCAUUUUUCUAUUAUUUUGUUCUCAAUUCCAUUCAUAGAUCAAUGGUUAUAAGUUGAUAUGGCA